CUCUUUUUCAGCAUCUUGCGUGGCCUAAUUUACUUUCUCCAAUCUGGGCUCCGGCGGGUGGAUGCAAAAAGCUUCGCUUUUUAAUCCCCCCCCCCCCCCCCCCCCCCCCCCGGAUUCACUAUUUAAAUUCGAAAUUUGAAACCGUUUUAUGACGCUUGCAAGUCAGAUAUAAAACACGAUCCAGAUCUUUUAUCCCGAAACUUCCAUAAACGCACAAGAGGGGGAAAGAGCGCCCGCGUUGUCUUCGGGGCUGGAGCCGGCGAUCUUGGAAAGGGACUGGAAGGGAAAAAGGGGGGCGAGAUGGCGGACGACAGCAGGAAGGGCGUCGCCGGAUCGGCGCCCUCCGCGGCGUACCUGCGUGCCUCCUCCGACGACCGGAAGCCGCCGGCGACGGCGGCCCUGGGGGCGGGGACGGGGGCCGCGGCCCGGAAGAUCACCUUCAAGAGCGCGGACAUGAAGGAGGAGAUGCGGCAGGAGGUCUUCGAAUGUGCUCGCAUCGCGUUCGAGAAGUAUACGGUGGAGAAGGACAUCGCGGAGUACAUCAAGAAGGAGUUCGACAAGAACCACGGCCCAACUUGGCACUGCAUUGUCGGUCGCAACUUUGGAUGCUUGGCAACGUCAUGCCUGUGCAAAGCCAGUGCUUCUUCCUUGACGGUCAGAGUAUCUUUUUGAAGGUAGUAGAAGAGGGUUUUGUUCAUCCAUGAGGGCCUGAUGCUUAUUCUUGCGGACAAGUUCACUGAGGCAUUGACAGUUUUGUUACAAGGUUUUCUCAGAGAUGGUUUCUGUUCUGGUUUGAAUGCCGAGUCCAUACUGAAGAAAAUGGUAGCUUGUCCCUGCAUGUUGAUGUGCCAAUUCAUGCAAUCUGGGUCAGCUGAAAUCUUCGAUAAACUGCAAUAUAAAACCUUUUAACAUAUCUGGAUAUAGAAAAACAACUUUAUCUCAACUAGGAUUUUUGUUCCUGUGCAUUUGCUCAAAGUAUGUCAGAAUGAAGAUAUCAGCUUACCAAGUAACUAUGAAAUGCUAAUUCCAGCCAUCCACAAAUUUUCAUGAUCAUUACAAGAUCUGAAGUGUUCCAUAUGUAUCUAUAUUUGGGAGUCUGAUAUGACUCUCAGCAUCUAGCUUUCCACAAUCACUGCAGUAUUAAUGUAGGUCAGAAGCUGCCAAAACUUGUUUCAUAUGUGUGAAAUUUUCAGCUUGCGAGUUAUUCAUGUCAGCUAUUGCAAAGUAUGCUCUACUCUUUUGCCACCAAGAUGAAGAAGCUAUAAUAGUCAUUGCUGUAACCAAGAACAUUUCAUUGGAGACUAAGAUAAUGAAUUAGGCAUCAACUUCUUUUACCUAUCAGAAGGCCUAGUUUUCCUAUGAGCCAAAGUUUGCGUAAUCCUUUCUUGAAAAAGCAAUCUCCUGUUCAUUGCAACUCGAAACUUUAUUUUGAAGUAGUAAAAUAAUUAUCCCUUGGUUUAUCUCAUAUGCACUUCAACAUCCACAUGUUCUCAAGCCAUAUAUCUAAGUGAACCUUCUUCAAUGUCAAGAGUUCGUUUAAUAUAUUCUUAUCAUUUUAUUGUUUUCUAUAAUAUGUUUCUUCAAGUUUUAACAGCAUGUGGUGAUUUGGCAAACCAACUUCUCAUUACCCACCUGCUUCAAAUCUAUAGGAUGCUCCAUUUGUCUCUCUGUUUCAUAUAUUAUAAAUGUAAUAAAGGCUUAGUUACUCCAA